GAGUAUGAGGAGCGGAGAAGGAGAGGAGCGGCGGAGGAGGAGAGGAGCGGGGGAGCAGAGGAGUGGAGGAGCGGAGGGGCAGAGGAGCGGAGGAGGAGAGGAGAGGAGGAGGAGAGGAGCAGCGGAGGAGAGGAGCGGAAGAGGAGAGGAGCGGCGGAGCAGAGGAGCGGCGGAGCAGACAAGUAGAGGAGGAGAGGAGCGGAGGAGGAGACGAGCGGAGGAGAGGAGGAGCGGAGGAGGAGAGGAGCAGAGGAGGAGAGGAGCGGCGGAGCAGAGGAGCGGCGGGGCAGAGAAGCGGAGGAGGAGAGGAGCAGAGGAGCAGAGGAACGUCGGAGGAGAGGAGCAGAGGGGCAGAGGAGCGGCGGAGGAGAGGAACGGCGGAAGAGAGGGGCGGGGGAGGAGAGGGGCGGAGGAGGAGAGGAGCGGAGGAGGAGAGGAGCGGCGGAGCAGAGGAACGGCGGAGCAGACAAGCGGAGGAGGAGAGGAGCGGAGGAGCAGAGGAGCGGAGGAGCAGAGGAGCGGGAGGAACAGAGGAGCGGAGGAGCAGAGGAGCGGAGGAGCAGAGGAGUGGAGGAGCAGAGGAGCGGAGGAGCAGAGUAGCGGAGGAGGAGAGGAGCCGAGGAAGAGAGGAGCAGAGAAGCAGUGUAGCGGAGGAGCAGAGGAGCGGAGGAACAGAGGAGCGGAGGAGCAGAGGAGCAGAGGAGCAGAGCAGCGGAGGAGGAGAGGAGCGUUGGAGAAGAGGAGCGGAGUAGCAGAGGAGCGGAGUAGGAGAGGAGCGGCGGAGGAGGAGAGGAGCGGGGGAGCAGAGGAGCAGAGGAGCGGAGGAGCGGAGGGGCAGAGGAGCGGAGGAGGAGAGGAGAGGAGGAGGAGAGGAGAGGCGGAGGAGAGGAGCGGAGGAGGAGAGGAGGGGCGGAGCAGAGGAGCGGCGGAGCAGACAAGCAGAGGAGGAGAGGAUCGGAGGAGGAGAGGAGCGUCGGAGGAGAGGAGCAGAGGGGCAGAGGAGCGGAGGAGCAGAGGAGCGGGAGGAACAGAGGAGCGGAGGAGCAAAGAAUCGGAGGAGCAGAGGAGCAGAGGAGCAGAGGAGCGGAGGAGCAGCGGAGUGGAGGAGCAGAGUAGUGGAGGAGAAGAGGAGCAUCGGAGCAGAGGAGCGGGAGGCAGAGAGGAGCGGAGUAGCAGACGAGCGGAGGAGGAGAGGAGCGGCGGAGGAGGAGAGGAGUGGCGGAGGAGGAGAGGAGCAGGGGAGCAGAGGAGCAGAGGAGGAGAGGAGGGGCGGAGCAGAGGAGCGGCGGAGCAGACGAGCGGAGGAGGAGAGGAGCGGAGGAGGAGAGGAGCGGAGGAGAGGAGGAGCGGGGGAGGAGAGGAGCGGCGGAGGAGAGGAGCGGAGGAGGAGAGGAGUGGCGGAGCAGAGGAGCGGCGGAGCAGACAAGCGGAGGAGGAGAGGAUCGGAGGAGGAGAGGAGCAUUGGAGGAGAGGAGCAGAGGGGCAGAGGAGCGGAGGAGCAGAGGAGCGGGAGGAACAGAGGAGCGGAGGAGAAGAGGAUCGGAGGAGCAGAGGAGCGGAGGAGCAGAGGAGCGGAGGAGCAGCAGAGCAGAGGAGCAGAGUAGUGGAGGAGGAGAGGAGCGUCGGAGCAGAGGAGCGGGAGGCAGAGACGAGCGGAGUAGCAGACGAGCGGAGGAGGAGAGGAGCGGCGGAGGAGGAGAAGAGCAGGGGAGCAGAGGGGCGGAGGAGCGGAGGAGCGGAGGAGCGGAGGUGGAGAGGAGCGGAAGAGGAGAGGAGCGGAGUAGCAGAGGAGCGGAGUAGCAGAGGAGCGGAGGAGGAGAGGAGCGGCGGAGGAGAAGAGGAGCAGGGGAGCAGAGGAGCGGAGGAGCGGAGGGGCAGAGGAGCAGAGGAGGAGAGGAGCGGAGGAGGAGAGGAGCGGCGGAGGAGAGGAGCGGAGGAGGAGAGGAGUGGCGGAUCAGAGGAGCGGCGGAGCAGACAAGCGGAGGAGGAGAGGAGCGGAGGAGGAGAGGAGCAGAGGAGAGGAGGAGCGGAGGAGGAGAGGAGAGGAGGAGGAGAGGAGCGGCGGAGGAGAGGAGUGGAGGAGGAGAUGAGGGGCGGAGCAGAGGAGCGGCGGAGCAGACAAGCGGAGGAGGAGAGGAGCGGAGGAGGAGAGGAGCGGAGGAGAGGAGGAGUGGAGGUGGAGAGGAGCGGAGGAGGAGAGGAGCGGCGGAGCAGAGGAGCGGCGGAGCAGAAAAGCGGAGGAGGAGAGGAGCAGAGGAGCAGAGGAGCGUUGGAGGAGAGGAGCAGAGGGGCAGAGGAGCGGCGGAGGAGAGGAGCGGUGGAAGAGGAGGGGAGGAGGAGAGGAGCGGAGGAGGAGAGGAGCGGCGGAGCAGAGGAGCGGCGGAGCAGACAAGCGGAGGAGGAGAGGAGCGGAGGAGGAGAGGAGCGUCCGAGGAGAGGAGCAGAGGGGCAGAGGAGCAGAGGAGCAGAGGAGCGGGAGGAACAGACGAGCGGAGGAGCAGAGGAGCGGAGGAGCAGAGGAGCGAAGGAGCAGAGGAGCGGAGGAGCAGAGUAGUGGAGGAGGAGAGGAGUGUCGGA